AAGUCCUUAAGUCAGGUUAGCCCUGAGGGAGGGAAGGCUCCCGGGUGACGUUGAGCCCCAGCUGCCGGCGCUGUGUGGUCAGCGGCCUUGCCUGCAGGUCUACGACUUGGGAAGGGGACCUGGACAUCUGCAGAAAUUCGCAAAGGAGCUCUGGCCAGAUCUGGGGAAGGUUGGGAGGAGGAGGGACAAGGGGGUCCGGGGACGAUGAGGGAGGAGCUUGACUGAGGCCUCUAGAACUUGGGCCGGGAGAGGAGGGAUCUGUCACCGGGGCAACCGGAACGCCCAGUAGUCUCAGUGCUAACAGCAGUCUGGUCAUCUGCCGGGUGGGUGAGGUCUCUUGAGGGGGCUGCAUCAGACCCAGACAGGACGAACCUAGAAGGUUCACUUCUUGUAAGGGGGUUUGCAGGAUCUCUGUGAGAGUCUCGGGGACAUCUGUGGGGACGCCCGUGGUGUCUGGGUUUGUGUGAGUCUCUGUAGGGUUUCUGUGAGAUGUCGGUGGGGCGGUAGGUGGGGGCCGUGAGGAUCUGACCCGGCGUCAGGGCUCCGCGGUUGGGGUGAGAAAGGCAGGGGCUCGGGUAGCUGGGCAGGGGCGGAGUCUGUCCUCGGAGCCCAGCAGGACCAAGUUUAAGGCCAAUAGAAUAGGGCAGGAGGCGGGCUUUCCUGAGAGGGACCAAUCGAACUGGUCGAGGGGCGGAGCGUCAACGUCGUCAGGCCCAGACCGCCGCCGCGGGGCCUGGUUAUCGCCGGUCCAGCACAGCCCGGAGUCGCCCAGGCCUGAACUCCUACCCAGGUCCCCAGACCGGCCCCAGCGGCCCGACCCGGCCCCGGGCCCGCGAGAGAGCGGAGGCCACCCCGCAGGGGUGGGGAGCGGAGCCGCGGGUCAGCUCUGCGAGCGCCCGCGCUGGCCUGUCCGGCCCCGCCCCCGCCCCGGGCCAUGGCCCAGCCCUUGUCCCGGCGCCUCGUCCUAUCCCAAUCCAGACCUUGGCCCCCGGCCCCGCCCUUGCCCCGCUUCCCAAAUGGGUCCCGGCCCAGGCCUGGGUCCCAGCGAAUGCCCAGAUCCGGGUCCCAACCCAGGCUCCCCCUCCAGUCCCAGUCCCUGGCCUGGCCCCCAUCCCCGCCUCUGGCCUUGUUCCACCUCCUGUCACAAAUCCCAGCGCAACCCGUAUCUCAAACCCAUUCCCAGUGUUUGCUUAAGUCCCGGGCCCAACCCCUGCCCUUGCUCCAGUCCUCAUCACGGCCCCUUCUUCCAUCCCAUUCGCUUCCCUUGUUUAAGCCCCAGUGUCCAGCCCAGUCCAACCCAUUAUUUGAGCCUUUGCCCUCAUCUCUGUGUUUACCCAAGUCUCUCCCACUACCCACCCCUCUCUCUCAUACCCUGCCCCUCUCCCAGCCUCGAGUCAGGUCUGGGCUCCAGCUGCCGCCAGCCCUGUUGCUGCUCUUGCUCUUCUCUGUCCUUGGCCCAGGGGCUGGAGGCCUCUUCCUGACCGACUACUCCACCUGCUCACCCCGCAAGCUGAGUCCCUUCCGUUCCUUUGCCAGCGCUGAGCUCUUCCACUUCCACGUUCCUGAGGAUACGUUCCUGGCUGUUUGGAACCUCAUCAUCUUCAAGGAGCAGGGGGGGACCUUUGGGGACCACUGCCCAGACCAAAGUGUGACUGUGUAUUUCCGGUCUGGUGCACCCCCUGUCAUCAAUCCUCUGCACACACACUUCCCAGGGGACACGGCUGUGCCUGGGGUUUUCUCACUGACUCUCAGCUGGACGCUGCCCAACCGCACCUCGGGCAUCUUUAACGUCAGCAGCCCCUUACCUGGGGACUGGUUCUUGGCUGCCCACCUUCCCCAGGCCCACGGCCACAUCUCUGUCAAGGGUCUCCAGGAUGAGUGUCAGUACCUGCUUCAGCCGCAGCUGAUUGUCCGUCGUUUGCUGGACGUCGCCGUGCUGGUGCCUGGCCGUCCCUCAGAGCAAACCCUCUCUCCCCACAACCGCUCAGCCCUGUACAAGGUCUUUGUGCCCAGCUUCACUUACAGGGUUUCAGCACAGCUGGUGUGCGUGGGGGGCCGUGGGGCAUCCAUCUGCCCCGUGACACUGCGCCUACGUCCCAAGGCCCCACCCCUGCACAACUCAAGCUCUAUGGCCUGUGGCGGUGCCUCCAUAUGUCAGCUGGAGCUGGCACUGCCCCCCUGGGGGCACUGGGUCUACGUGCGUGUGGAGACACCAUCCCGGGGCCCUGGCAGGACCAUCCGCUUCCAGCUGUGUGUGCGGUUGCAAGAGUGCCCGCAGCCCAGCCUGUCCCGUGCCCUGGUCCCCGGAGCUGCCAUGAACAUGCCCCAGUCCCUGGGCAACCAGCCACUGCCCCCAGAGCCGCCAUCCUUUGGGGCCACUGUGGAGGGGGCUGGGGCCACAUCUCUGCCCGAGCACUGCUGGCCAGUGCGCCCGACGCUGCGCAAUGAGCUGGAUGCCUUCUCCGUUCACUUCUACAUCUUCUUUGGCCCCAGCGUGGCCCUGCCCCCUGAGAGGCCUGCCGUGUUCGCCCUGAGGUUGCUGCCAGUGCUGGACAGCGGAGGCGUCCUCAGCCUGGAGCUCCAGCUUAAUGCGAGCUCCCUGCACCAGGAAAACGUGACAGUGUUUGCAUGCCUGACUCACGAGGUGCCCUUGAGCCUGGGGGAUGCAGCAGUGACCUGUUCCAAAGAGUCCCUCGCCGGCUUCCUCCUUUCGGUCAGUGCCACCUCCAGGGCGGCCAGGCUGCGGAUUCCCUUCCCGCAGACGGGGACCUGGUUCCUGACCCUCCGCUCGCUGUGCGGGGCGGGGCCUCGGUUCGUGCGGUGCCGGAACGCGACGGCCGAGGUGCGGCUGCGCACCUUCCUGUCCCCGUGCGUGGACGACUGCGGGCCCUACGGCCAGUGCAAGCUGCUGCGCACGCACAACUACCUGUACGCGGCCUGCGAGUGCAAGGCCGGGUGGCGGGGCUGGGGCUGCACCGACAGUGCCGAUGCUCUCACCUACGGAUUCCAGCUGCUGUCCACACUUCUGCUCUGCCUGAGCAACCUCAUGUUUUUGCCGCCUGUGGUCCUGGCCAUUCGGAGCCGAUAUGUGCUGGAAGCUGCUGUCUACACCUUCACCAUGUUCUUCUCCACGUUCUAUCAUGCCUGUGACCAGCCAGGCAUUGUGGUUUUCUGCAUCAUGGACUACGACGUGCUGCAGUUCUGUGAUUUCUUGGGCUCCUUAAUGUCCGUGUGGGUCACUGUCAUUGCCAUGGCUCGUUUACAGCCUGUGGUCAAGCAGGUGCUGUAUUUGCUGGGGGCUAUGCUGCUGUCCAUGGCUCUGCAGCUUGACCGGCAUGGACUCUGGAACCUGCUUGGACCCAGUCUAUUCGCCUUGGGGAUCUUGGCUACAGCCUGGACAGUGCGCAGCGUCCGCCGCCGGCACUGCUACCCACCCACGUGGCGCCGCUGGCUCUUCUACCUGUGCCCGGGCAGCCUCAUUGCCGGCAGUGCCAUCCUACUCUAUGCUUUCGUGGAGACCCGAGACAACUACUUCUACAUUCACAGCAUUUGGCACAUGCUCAUCGCUGGCAGUGUGGGCUUCUUGCUGCCCCCUCGUGCCAAGACUGACCACCGGGUCCCAUCUGGAGCCCGGGCCCGGGGCUGCGGUUACCAGCUGUGCAUCAAUGAGCAGGAGGAGCUGGGUCUUGUGGGCCCGGGAGGGGCUGCUGUCAGCAGCAUCUGUGCCAGCUGAGUGGGGCUUGGGGCCUGUCCCUUGGGGAACAUGAGCUCUUCCUUGGGGCAGAGAGCCCUUCCUGCAUUCUUCUGGGGAGCCUGGAGCCCUUCCAGGGACAAGAGACAAGUUGCAUUUCUUGAGGACAUGGAGUCUUUCUUAAGGACAUGGAACUCUUCCAGGGACCUGGCACACUUCCCAAGGGCCUGAAGUCCCACAUCCAUGGAGUCUUCUUAAGGACUGGAGCCUGUGCAGGGCCACAGAGCUCCCUCAGGACCGAGGAGUCCCUCCUCGGGGUAUGGACCCCUUCCCAGGGAUGUGGAGCCCUCCUGAAGACAUGGAUUCCUUCCCAGGGAGACAAAGCCCUCUCAGGAGCAUGGCAUUGUUCCUGAGGAAAUGGAGUCCUUAUUGGGGAAACUGAGUCUCCAGAUCUUCCCAGCAGCUCAGCAAGCCUGGCCUCAGGCUUCCUUCCCAGAGGCAUCGACAGAGAUGUGCUGUGCUGGGAGUGGGGGUCGCAGGACAGAUGGGUCUGGGACGGCUGGCAUCCUGACUUGAUGCAGGCGGAGUCUGGUGUGUCUCCAAUGAAGU